AUGCUUAGCCGGCGUAGGAGCAGCAGAGGCCGGCGGAGGAAGAGGAAGGAGCUGUUCGUGUUCCAGAUGUGCUUCGCGGGGCUGCUGCUGGGGCUGGCCACGGGGCUGCGGUCCGUGACGCACGACGCAGGGAUACAUGUUAGCAGCCGUGUGGCGUUUAGGGACAGGUGGUGGCACAGACAUCUCCUUCAGCACUACCAUCAGAACGAGUCGCGGCUCUACGCUGAGACGGACAACCACAAGAACUGCACCGAACCAGCGAUCCAUGAGUUCCCCAGAGACUACUUCACCAACUCCGAGAGGAUGGAGGGAGCGGUGGGGCUGCACGUGCUCUGUGCGGUGUACAUGUUCUACGCUCUGGCUCUGGUGUGUGAUGAUUACUUUGUGCCGUCGCUGGAGAAAAUCUGUGAGCGUCUCCAUCUGAGCGAGGACGUUGCUGGGGCGACUUUCAUGGCAGCAGGAAGUUCAGCUCCAGAACUCUUCACGUCUGUCAUCGGGGUGUUCAUCACUAAAGGAGACGUGGGCGUGGGGACUAUUGUUGGAUCUGCAGUGUUCAACAUCCUCGUCAUCAUCGGAGCCUGCGGCAUCUUCGCUGUCCAGACGAUUCGUUUGUCCUGCUGGCCUCUGCUCCGAGACUCCACCUACUACACCCUGUCCAUCUCUGCUCUCAUAGUGUUCAUAUACGAUGAGAAGGUGGUCUGGUGGGAGGCCCUCACGCUGAUCCUCAUGUACUUUGUCUACAUUCUAAUCAUGAAAUGUAAUUCCUACGUGGUUCGGUUUUUGGAGCGGAGGAAAAAGAACUCAUCAGCUCUGAGAAACGGAGCGGCCAAUAACACGGAGCAGGAGGACGGAGAGGCCACAGCUGUACUGCUCAAGAAAGCGAAUCACCAGAGGAAGACGUCUGUGCUGAUGGUGGACGAGCUGCUCAGCGCCUAUCCACACCAGCUCUCCUUCUCCGAGGCCGGGAUGAGGAUCAUGAUCACCAGCCACUUCAGCCCCAGGACCAGACUCACUAUGGCCUCACGCAUGCUCAUCAACGAGAGGCAGCGUCUGAUCAGCUCCAGGACCCUCACAAACGGAGACUCGGAUGCGGUGGGGGUGAAGGCCGGUCUACGGAAGAGCGCAGAGAACGGCCUGACGUCAGCCGCGGGGGGAGGGGCCGACCGCCGUGACGACCGCGAAACAGGAAACGACACGGAGAAUGAGGACAACGACAACAACGAAAACGACGAAGACGAGGAAGAGGAGGAGGGAGAGGGGCCUUUUGUGCCCUUCCAGUGUCCAGGUGGAGUGUUGAAUAAGUUCAAGUGGCUCUUGGCCUGGCCCCUCAGCCUCAUCUUUUACUUCACCAUCCCAAACUGCUCGAGUCCGCGCUGGGAGAACUACUUCAUGCUCUCCUUCCUCUCCUCCACCAUGUGGAUCGCAGGCCUCUCCUACAUCAUGGUCUGGAUGGUGACGGUGAUCGGUUUCACCCUGGGCAUCCCCGACGUGAUCAUGGGCAUCACGUUCCUGGCGGCGGGCACCAGUGUCCCAGACUGCAUGGCCAGCCUGAUCGUCGCGCGCCAGGGUAUGGGCGACAUGGCGGUGUCCAACUCCAUCGGCAGUAACGUGUUUGACAUCCUGGUGGGUCUGGGUUUGCCCUGGGCCCUCAAGACUCUGGCCAUCAACUACGGAUCAGACAUCAAGCUGAACAGUAAAGGCCUGAUCUUCUCUGUGGGUCUUCUGCUGGCCUCAGUCUUCAUGACGGUGUUGGGGGUCCAUCUGAACAAGUGGACUCUGGACCGGCGUUUGGGUCUGAUGUGUCUGAUGCUUUACUCCGUCUUCCUCUGCUUCUCCUGCCUCAUCGAAUACAACAUCUUCACCUUCGUCAACCUGCCCACCUGCCGCGAAGACAAGUGA